GUCGUAAACCCUGGACGUGGACCGAAGGUGUUCCCAAAACCCUCCAAACCGCUACCUCUUCCCUCUUCCCCCUAUAGCCUACAUCUCUCUCUCUCUCAAUAUCUAUUGAUGCACUCCUUCUCUACGCUCAAAUCACUCUCUAACUCACAGCUUUUGAAAUGAAAGCAGUAAGGGCGCUAAGAACACUCACCUCCUUCCCCACUGCUCCAUCUUCCAAUCCCUCUCUCUCCCACCCCACUACUUCUGCCUUUUUACACCGCUUCUUCUACUCAGCCCAGCCCCAUCACCUUUUGCCCCCAACUUCUGAAGACUGCGACGCCGCCCACUACUCUGUAUUUGACACCUCCCAUUUUGAUGAUUUCAAUCUCAAUUCCAACAAUACUCAUAAUAAUAGUAAUGACAAGCCAACCUGGGACGACAAGUACAGGGACCGAGUCAAAACCAAAGUGUUCGGCGAAGAUAUUUCGCAUUUCAGGAUUCUGCAGAGAGAAGAGGAGAAGAAGAAGAAGGCUGCCGCGCUUGCCAAGGAGCUGCUAGAGGCUGCCUUGGAUGUAGAUAAGCACGAGGAUGUGGACGAGAGGGAGGUGACGCUGGAGGAUCACAAGUCUUUGUCUGUCGGUAUUAUUGGGGCUCCCAAUGCUGGAAAAUCUGCUCUCACCAAUUACAUGGUUGGGAAUAAAGUUUCAGCUGUUUCGCGGAAGAUAAAUACCACCACUCAUGAAGUGUUGGGGGUGUUGACUAAAGGAGAUACACAAAUUUGUUUCUAUGAUACGCCAGGACUAAUGUUAAAGAAAAGUGGGUUUCCUUACAAUGAUAUCAAAGUUCGCAAUGAAAGCGCAUGGAGUUCCGUUAACUUAUACGAUGUGCUCAUAGUUAUCUUUGAUGUUCAUAGACAUCUUACCAGACCUGAUUCACGAGUGGUUAGAUUGAUCGAAAGAAUGGGUUCUAUAAGCACCACAAAUCAGAAGCGUGUAUUAUGCAUGAAUAAGGUUGAUUUGGUCACAAAGAAAAAUGAUCUACUGAAGGUUAUUGAGGAAUUUAAGGACCUACCUGGAUAUGAAAGGCGCUUCAUGAUCUCAGGACUGAAGGGUGCAGGAGUAAAAGAUCUUACCAAGUAUUUAGUUGAGCAGGCAGUAAAAAGACCAUGGGAUGAAGAUCCAUUCACCAUGAGUGAACAAGUCAUGAAGAACAUAUCACUAGAAGUUGUGAGAGAAAAACUGUUAGAUUAUGUACAUCAGGAAAUCCCAUAUGGCAUUGAACAUCGCUUGAUGGACUGGAAGGAGUUGAGGGAUGGCUCUCUCCGAAUUGAGCAGCAUUUCAUCACUCCCAAGGUUAGCCAACGCAAGAUUCUAGUGGGAAAAAAGGGCUCCAAAAUAGGGAGAAUAGGUGUUGAAGCUAAUGAGGAGCUGAGGUCCAUAUUCAAGAGGAAUGUUCAUCUCAUCCUCAUGGUGAGAGUUAAAUGAUGCAGCUGGUGAAUCAUUUCUACAAUAGCAUAGCAGCCGAAUUCAUGGGUGUACAGAAGGGGUGUCAAUGCCUUAGACCUUCCCAAAAGAGAGGGUCACUUAAUUUGGCAACAAAAGUUCUGGUCUUCCAUAUUCUAGUUGGAUCACCUUUGUCUGCUUCAGAGCAACUCCUUUGAGUUAAUCAAUUAGAUGAAACACAGAAAUGAAGUAUUUUUUGCAUGGAUUUUUCGCCCUUUUUAUCCCCCAUUAAGAUUGCUGGAAGGAUCAUAUAUAAAACAAGAAACAUGUAAAGUUAAGUCAUUCCUUUUGUCCUUGUUUCUAUUUCUUGUCC